UGGCGGAACCUCUCGACCAUCUUGCAGCGGAAAAUCCGAGAAGAACUCUAACCGCGAGUGCCUGAAAAUAUUUGAAAAAAUCUCUCCAACCGAAAGGAAUAUAAAUCAAAGAAGGGAAAUAACUGUGCGAAUGAUGUCGGGAAUUUUAUUGCUUCUCGCCCUGUUGGCCCUCAUUUCAAAUGGCGCUGCCAUCAAGUGCUAUGUGUGCGAUUCGAGCGAUAAUCCCAGCUGCGCCGAUCUGGGCUCCAAUUCCAGCAUAGUGCCGGAGGAGUGCACAUUGGACAAAAUGAAAUCGCUGGACACUUGGCUUUUCGACUUGAACAAGUUCUCAUAUUUUGAUAACGGGGCCAACAAAAGUCCGUUGAUGAAUUGCCAAAAGGUUGUGGCCAAAGACCCUGAUACCAGGAAAGUGGUGACUGCCCGGUUCUGUCAGCUGGACACCGGGGACUCGGAUGCCUGCGAGAUCCUGAGGAACAAGCUGCGACUGCCCAGCGAUGAGGAGCGGGAACAGCGCGUUCGCGAGCAGAACAAGCGGCGGAAGAACCAGGUGCUUGGCCAGGAUGCGGGCGAAGAGGAGCCCUCGGCGGAGGAAGCCUUCUUCUGCGACAUUUGCAAAACGGAUCGCUGCAAUGGAGCGGCGGCCAUAACGCUCUCUCUAGCCUCGAUUUUGGCCCUGAUCAUGAUCCCAUUGGGAUGCUAAAGUGGCUAACACAUAAGGGAUAUAUAUACCAUAUAUACCGAUGGUAUAUGGAUUGAGUGGUGGCGUGAUGAUGGCUGCGUUGGUUGCAUUUAGGUUGAGUUACCGUUAGCGUUACCCUGGCCGUUUACUUUGUAAAUAUUUGAGUGCAGUGUCGCUGAUUCGUACAAAUGCGUUAAAGGCAUUCAGUUAACCCCCCUGUAACCCCCUGAAACACCCUUAACCCCCCGGUGACCCCCUUAACCUCUCUCCUUAACCCUAGAAACGUAAGCACACACACACACUCGCACACACCGACCCCGAACACACCAAUACAAUACACACACACAAAGUCGCUUUGAUUCAAAGCAAAUAUGGACAUUUCAAUUUCCAAAAUAAAUACCAGAAAAAAAUAUAAGUCGGGAUAUACAUAGGUAUCCAUGCUUGCAAGGUGCUGCAUCCUAUAUGCAUCAAUGUUUGGCGUUAUGUGUCAUUAGCUCUUAAUAGCUUUAUUAUGUUACCAUUCGAAUUGUUAUGUACGAUUAAUAGGAGCGAUGAGUAAAGUAAUUCACCAAUUGCCUUUGAUUUUCAUGUUUUAUAGCAAGCAAUACUGAUGCGAAUCAAUAUCGGCGUAUGAUGUGUAUAUUCUUAGGUUAAUUCAAAAGUGCUUACAAUUCGUGCCGGAAUUUAGAAAUUAAACAUGUUGUACGAAAUUAAAAAGCCGCAAGCAAUAACAAUCAACUUAAUGCAAACGCGAAUUUAAGAAAUAAAUAAAACAAAUGCAAUAAAUAUUUAAUGAAUGUGCAAUUAGAAGAAAUGUUAACGGAAAGCAAUGCAAUAAAUAUUACGUGAGCUUAAAAUCGCUCGAAAGCCACACACUAUAGUACCAUAUAUUUUGUUUGCGCCGAUUCAAGCAAUAAGUUCUGCUUAGCUCAUAAGCGAGUUUUGAAAUGAAAACAAAAAUUGAACCUUCAAAGCACACGAAUAAAUGCUGUAUGACAGUAUAACAGA